GACUGGGGGCCGGCAUAUUUAGACUUUUUAUCCUUUUCCUUCUUUUAUUUAUUUUUUUGAUUUUAUUUUUAUUUUUAUUUUUUGAUUUUUUAGCAUACAAGAUACUUAUUCCUUAAAAAGAGAGAAAAAUAAAAUUUGUACCUUCAUCCUUUUUUAAGCUAUAAAAAGUCCCUCUCUUCUGCAAAAAAAUAAAAACCCAAGAGAGAGUGAAAAAUGGGAGAAGGAGAAGAGAUUAAUGCAGCAGAAGAAGAAAGAGAGAAUAUCAGUCUCAAGGACCUCUCUAAGAAGCUUGAGGAAUUUGCCAAGGCUAGAGAUUGGGAGAAAUACCACAGUCCCAGAAACCUACUCCUGGCUAUGGUGGGAGAGGUAGGAGAACUAUCAGAAAUCUUCCAGUGGAGGGGAGAGGUGGACAGAGGGUUGCCAAAUUGGAAGGAAUCAGAUAAAGAGCAUCUGGGAGAAGAGCUUUCUGAUGUGCUUCUUUACCUCAUCAGGUUGGCGGAUAUAUGCGGCAUUGAUCUUGCUGAUGCUGCCUCCAAAAAGAUUGUCAAGAAUGCCAUCAAAUACCCUCCCAAAUUCUUCUAAAUUAAUUACCUUAAUUAUUAGAACACAUGAUAAUUUCUGUAUUUCUCAACUUUGUUUUUAUAUUAAGAUGAUGAGCUUUGAAACUUAAGAAUUUUCAAUAAAAUGUUUAAAUCAA